GAGGAUUACGACUGACAGGAGGCCAAAAAAGCUCCACUCUCAACUUCGUAUUUCUACUCCUUUAAAACCUAGAAAAUGAAUCUAAAGAAUUUAUUUUGGUUAAAUUAUCAUGGCCUUGUCGUUUGGUUAGGUUUGUUUUCACUGAGAGUAAGUGCAGGCUCGUUGCGAAUUCCUGUAGAGGGACAGCUCAUAUACGACAGUUCAUCAAAGAUGGUAGAUCUCUGUCUGUCGGCGCACAUGUGUCCACCGUGUGUUUUUGACACUCUUUGUAACCAGGGCGGAAUUUAUCCCAUGCAAGGAACAAAUGCUCUACCUUACUCCAGCAACGCUUCGCCGUUAACCUCUGUUUCAACGACCCCAACAUCACCGUUAACCUCUGUGUCAUCGACCCCAACAUCUUCGAGUUCGGAGCUAGCCUCGACAGAGUCUCCUUCAACCACCGAAGCUACCACGCAGAUUAUUUCCACGACGGAGGAACCGGCUAGUAGUACAACAGCAUCAACCCCUUCCAGCAGCAGCAUCACUGAUCACACCCCUUCAUCGGUGUCUGAGACAACUUCAAUCACAGAGGCUACAGAAACAACCGAAAGUGGUAAUCUAAGUCCUACAACAUCGGUCACGGCCUCAGCAACAACGGUCGGUGGGGGAAUUGACGCAGAGACAGAUGUUCACCAAAAGGGAUUGGAUAAGCACAACUAUUAUCGCAAAAUACACAACUCACCUGCACUAAGUCUGAGCUCACAGUUGAACAGUGAUGCCCAAAAGACUGCUGAAAGAAUUGCAGCUCAGGGUAAACUUGUCCACACUGACGACUCGGAGUUGGGUGAAAAAGGAGAGAAUCUUGGAAAGUUGUGCGUAACGGACGAAACUCUAGAAGAGGUUAUAGUUAAAGUUGUUGAGAGAUGGUAUAAUGAGGUUUGUAAGUACGAUUUUAGCAAGCCAGAAGGGUCACAGUCAACUGGACAUUUUACACAGCUCGUUUGGGCCUCGACUAGAGAACUCGGUCUCGGAUGGGCUAAAAAAGAUGAAGGUGACUUCCCUUGUUACUAUGUAGCGGGAAGAUACAGCCCCGGUGGAAAUAUUGACAACAGAUUUGAAGAAAACGUCAUGAAAGGAAGUUUCGACUCCUCAUACUGUUCAUCAAAAAGGCGAACUCUUAAACGUUUGAGAGACCCGGUCUGGCCAAAAUGGUAUAAUGUUAUCGUAAGAAGUCUCCACCAUUACUAAUUUAGUCAUACUUUAAAAACUCGUUUUAUUCCAGUUUGAGAUGCUUCGGUAUCCCUUCUUACAAUUGUCAUGAUAAGGGAAAAAGGAGCGAGGUACAACUCUAUAAUUUUACACAAUCAUUCAUGUCGACAUUACAUAUCACAAGCCAGACCAAGUAUGGACCCUUGUGGGACGCCAGACUUUAUUUGCUCAGAAGCAGACUGUGCGCUGCCAUAGACAACAGAUUGACAUCGAUUUAUAAGAUAGUUCUCAAACCACUUCAGUUCUUGGUUUUGGAUGUCAAACCCAGGCAAUUUCUUUAUGAGAAGUUGGUGAUUCAUCGGUCGAAGGCUUUUCGAAAGUCGACAAACACCGCUGCCGUAACGCGACCAUCGUCUAUACCUUUCCUAAUACAAUCCGUGAAAUAUGUUACCGCGUCCUGGGUAGAGUGAUUUUUCCGAAACCCGCACUGGAAGGGAGAUAGCUGGUUGGACUUUUCUAAAUGAUGGAGUAGCUGAAUUUCCACGGCUCUUUUAAGGAUCUUCGAAGCCACCGGUAAAACGGAGAUGGGACGGCAGUUAUCCAUACACGUAUUAUCCCCAUCUUUAUAUAGGGUCACCACCCUUGCAUAUUUCCAUUCCUCCGGUACAACUGCAGAGGAAAUCGAGAGAUUUAUUAUGGCUGUUAGAGGAGCUGAAAUGCUUGAAGCCGCAUCCUUUAUUAGACGGGCUGGAAUUCCGUCAAGUCCUCUAAUAAUAAUAAUAACUUUAUUUCUAUAGCGGUAUAUACAAAAGCUCUUUAUCGCUUUACAAUCUAAUAAAUAUCUAACUAACAAUCUUACUAAGACAAAAUCAAUUAAAAGCAAGUAUGAAAAGAUAAGUUUUCAAUCUAGAUUUAAAGACGUCAACUGAUCGACUUAAUUUAAUGUCUAAGGGAAUAUCAUUCCAGUGCUUUGGGGCAGCGACUGAGAAGGCCCUGUCCCCAUAGCUCUUCAGGCGCACAUUCGGUACUUCUAAUAAAUGUUUGCUAGCUGACCUAAGAUUUCUUGUAGGGCUAUAUGGGACUAUAAGUUGACUUAGAUACAGAGGCGCCAGACCAUUGAGAGCUUUAAAAGUUAACAGUAAUACUUAAAAGGUAACUCGCUGCUCCACUGGUAACCAGUGUAGCUCCUUAGGGACGGGGCGAAUGUGUGCAGUCCUAGGGUGCCCAGCUACGAGGUGUGCAGCGCAGUUUUGAACGCGCUGGAGCUUCUGAAUGAUACACUUGGGUGACCCGAGGAGCAACGAGAUACAAUUGUCCAGACGACAAAUAACAUAAGCAUGAACGAGGGUCUUUGUGCUCUCAGAAGUCAAAUACAUUCUGAUCUUAGCGAUAUUACAAAGAUGGAAUAAAGCAGAUUUACAAACGGAA